AUGGCUAAAGGUAAAGGAAGGACUAGAUUAAGAAGUGGAAGGAGUGGAGGCCACACUUUUCAUGCUUAUUCAAACACUGAAGGGUCAAUAAAUACUAAUAUUGUUGUAUUUUCAAUUGCUAAUGUUCCAAGUCAUGAGGAAGCAGUGAAUGAUAUCAAUUCCCAAACUCCUAAUCAUGAUAUUAUAGCUGAUAAUGACACUCAAUUGCAAGCCAUAGUAGCACACAUGGAGGAUCAACAUCUCAUGUUGAGCAUGAAAGAAGCCUACAACAUCAAGAUGCCAAGAUCAAAAUUGAAGGACAUGAAGGUAAUCCGAUCUGAAACAAAUACCAGUCACAAUGCUGCUACAACUAAUGAAGUUGAGAUCUUAGCUGCUCAAAUGCCUGAUGCUCAACGUCGCACCUCAACUCAUUCAUCAUCAGAUACUGAUUCAAAUCAUAAUGGAGAUGAUGAAAAUGAAGAUCAUGAUAAAACAAUUGAAACCACCAGUGGAGUGGUUAAUGCAAAAACAGAAAGAGGACGAACAACUUUGAAGGAGUUGUGGGCACUCCCUCUAGGAGAGAAAGUGUUGGUCAGUGCAAAUGGGCUUGGACAACCAAUUGGGCCUGAGGCACAAUUGUUCUCUUCAUUCCUAGGUAUGAUCGCUCGAUCUAGCCAGAAGAUCGGUCUUCAAUACGAGAGUUGGCAUAAAGUGCCAAAAACAUUGAAGGAUGAACUAUUAAACUUCAUCGAGACACGAUUUGUUCUUGAAAUCCCAAAAGACUAUGUGCUCAAGUCUUUGGGAAAUAAAUGGAGUGACAACAAAUAUGAUUUGAAGAGAAAAUAUUUCAAAAGAGAGGAUGGGCUGCAAGCAAAUAAAGAAAAGCAUCCAGAAGGGACUGAAUCAGAAAAGGAACUCAGAAGUGGAAAGAAAAUAGGACGUUUUGAGUUUUUCAAAGCAACACACACUAAAAAAGAUGGUUCAUAUUUGAAUAAAGAGACAGAAGAGAUUAUGGAAAAGGCAAAUGAAAAAAUAUCUGAAUAUCAAUCAGUCAAUGGGGGUGAGGGAAUGGUUGAAACAGAAAUUUUGACUCAAGUGAUUAGAAAAGAGCGACAUGGCCGAGUAAGAGGGCUUGGAUUGGGUCCUACACCUACUUCAUAUUAUGGCCAUUCAGAUAGUCGUCGUCUCGCAACAUGUAGUGGCCAUUCAUCGCGAGAACGUGCUAAUUACAACGCUAUUUAUACUUUCUUGCAACAACAAUUCCCAAGAGCGACUAUUCCCCUGCCUACCAUAGGUGGAUCGUCUUCUCAAUCGCAGAAUCAGGCUUUUCGAGAACAUUGA